CAGCUGAGUUCAGUCAAUGAGAACAGGCCCUAAGUACCCUUGGUUAAACCGAAUUUGUUAUUUUUAUUAUACAACAGGUAGUACCUUGUGCGAUGUUUUUUUUUUUUUUUUUUUUUUUUUUUUUUUUUUUUUCUUGUGAAAUUUGCUGAUUUAGGGAGCUUUGCAUGGUACAAGUCUUGGUGAUACUAUAGUAUACGAAAGUACAAAAUGAAAACUUGCUAAAGGAAAUUGUCUUGGUGUUUAAUUUGUUGCAUUGGGUUGUUAAGAAGCAUCCCAAUAGGCAAUGGCCAUACUUGUUCGAUUUAUCUCUUCCAAUUUGGAUACCAUAAGACGGGCCUUGAAUUUUAUUUAGUAAUGCAAUUGGAACAAACUCGAAUACGAUAAAUAACAUAUAUAUUGAUAAUUACUUCCUUUAUCAAUGAGCUUUAUGUUCAUUAGUUAGAUACUAUGCUAGAUUUUCAACUUUUGUUUAGACAAGUUAAUUUCUUUUAAGGUUUUGUAGUGGUGAAAAGUUGGAUGUGGGAGAUGUUCAGCCAAGAUAUCCACCAUUUUCUUGGUGUGCCUGUCGGUCUUGCCAGUGUAAUCGAGCAUGAAAUGACAGAAUACAAGGAAAUCCGCAAACCAGCAAUCAUCACUGCAGGAUUCUUUGCGUUGCUGGCUUCAAUUCUCUCCAUCGUUCUGAUAUUUCAACAUCUAAGAGCUUAUAAUAAUCCUGCGGAGCAAAAGUGGAUUGUUUCUGUGCUUCUCAUAGUUCCUAUCUACGCCACUGAAUCAAUUAUAUCCUUGUCCAAUCCUAAGACCUCUCUAGCUUGUGAUAUUCUGAGAAAUUGCUAUGAGGCGUAUGCAUUGUACGCUUUUGGGAGCUAUCUGAUUUCCUGCCUCGGCGGAGAAGAAAGAGUUCUAGAACUAUUGAGGGAUGAAUCAAGAAAUGUACUUAACAAGUCACUGCUUGAAGAAGGAGACACAGAACCAGCAUUGUCACGUCCAUCCUCAUUUCGUAACUUCUUUCUAAGGCCAACCGAACUUGGAGAACAAUUGUUUUCUAUAAUCAAAUUUGGUCUGGUACAAUAUAUGAUUUUGAAGACAGUUUGUGCGUUCCUAACUUUUGUUCUGGAGGUAUGCGGUGUAUAUGGUGACGGUCAGUUCAAGCUGUAUUAUGGGUAUCCAUAUAUUACAAUUGUAAUGAACUUUAGCCAAAUGUGGGCAUUAUAUUGUUUGGUCCAGUUUUAUAAUGUGACUCAUGAGAAACUCAAACCAAUAAAACCGCUUGCAAAGUUCAUUAGCUUCAAGGCUAUUGUGUUUGCUACCUGGUGGCAAGGCGUUGGAAUUGUACUCCUGUGUACACUUGGAGUUCUGCCUAAAGACGGGAUAGUUCAAACUGGUUUGCAAGAUUUUUUGAUCUGUAUAGAGAUGGCAGUAGCUGCUAUAGCCCAUGUCUAUGUCUUUUCUGCAAAGGCCUAUCAUUUCAUACCAAUUUCCGAGUAUGGAAAAAUUAGCACCCGAACUGAGAAAACAGUCGUUGACAUAGAAAAAGGAAAGGACAAAGGACCAACUAUGAUUGAGAAGACAGAAACUGAGGUCAAAGCUCCUGGAACAAGCAUCAGUGAGAGUGUGCAAGACAUUUUCCGUGAGGGUGGUCAGCAGGUGGUUGAGGAUGUAAAGCUGACAAUAAACCAGGCAAUAGAGCCUGUCGAGAAGGGUGUAACGAAAAUCCAGGAAAGCUUUCACCAGAUAACAGUUGGUUCUGAGGACAAGAAAGAGUCUGAUGUGGAGAUCGAGGAACGUGUUGAGGAUGAUCAACAAGGAGUUCACAAGUCUCAAGUAACAUCCGAAAAGAUGAAGGUCACCAAAACUGUAAAUGGAACUUCUUGAUACAUACUUAUUUCUAUUUUUUCGUCUUCCUUUUUAGGUAUGGUUCACUAGGGAGCUGUAGCAGAUUUUUUUUUUUUUUUUUUUUUUUUUUUUUUUUUUUUUUUUUUAAUGUUACAGAUUUUAUUUGGUGCGUAAAUGUAAUACGUAGUAGGUAGUACAUUAUGUAGGUAAUUUUGUACUAGAAAUUUUUAAUUUAUGAACAUGAGCCAAUGUACCAAUAUAUUAGUCAUUUUAAUCAAAUCAUGAUUAAGUUGCACACAUCAGAGUGUAUUUAAUAUUACGAUCAAUGGAGUAAUGAUUUUUGUUGUAAAGGACAGUGACACAAUUUGAAAUGAUUUGAUCUUACGUAUGGAGUAUAAAACACCCAAGAAUUUACGAAGUUAUCUCAUCCAAUUAGCUAGUGCACAAUUGAGAAAAGCAUCACAAGUUAUAUUACAGUUCAUUCAAGGACAAAUUACAAUUGAUAUAGGUCUCAUCCAUUUUAGUGCAUAAUCGAGAAAACUAUCACAAGUUUAAUUACAGUACAGUUCAUUCAAGAUAAAUCACAAAUUGAUAUAAGAUGGUU